UGAAUUUUGAGUGUUUAACUGAAAAUUUCUAAUCAUUAGUGUCUAUUUGGUUAUACUUGUGUGUUUGUGAGCUUCGAUUUUGAAAAUGUUUGGUCGUAUGGUGUAGAGAUUCUGGAAUUGAAUGUUUUAGGUACAUUGUUUAGUUAUUAGAAAUUUCAUAGGUGAAGUGGAUUGUAAAAUUAUCAUUAGAUUUUAGAGGAUUAGGAGGCACCGAUGUCAUUUAGGAGCAUUCUCCAGGACAUGACGGGAGAGUUUGGGAGUACGUCGAGAAAAGGAUUUGAUGUGAAGUUUGGGUACGGCAUGAGAUCGAGGUCGCAAAGGGUUGUUCAGGAUAGUUCAGUUCCAGUUGAUGUGUUCAAGCAGAGUUGUUGGGCAAACAUGCCACCUGAGCUUUUAAGGGACGUGUUGUUGAGAAUAGAGGCAUCGGAGAGUACUUGGCCGCUGCGGAAGAAUGUGGUUGUUUGUGCUGGUGUAUGUAAGAAUUGGAGAGAGAUUAUGAAUGAAAUUGUGAAAACCCCUGAAAUUUCUUGCAAGUUGACAUUCCCAAUCUCAUUGAAGCAGCCUGGUCCGAGGAACUCCCUCCUUCAGUGUUACAUAAAACGGAACCGUAGCAACCAAACAUACUAUCUUUACCUUGGCUUGAAUCAAGCGUCCAAUGACGAUGGAAAGUUCCUUCUCACCGCAAGGAAGUGCCGUCGUCCUACCUGCACAGAUUAUAUCAUCUCAUUAGCUGGCAAUGAUGUAUCCAAAGGAAGCAGUACCUACAUUGGAAAGUUGAGAUCAAACUUUUUGGGAACCAAAUUCACAGUCUAUGAUGCACAGCCUCCAAAUGCUGGAGCCAAGGUUACCAAAAGUUCCUCCACCAGGCUAAUUAAUAUGAAACAAGUUUCUCCUCGUGUCCCAUCUGGCAACUAUCCUGUAGCUCACAUCUCUUAUGAGUUGAAUGUCCUGGGUUCUAGAGGUCCAAGGAGAAUGCAGUGCAUCAUGGAUGCCAUCCCAGCCUCUUCUAUUGAGCCUGGAGGUGUCGCUCCCACACAGACUGAAUUCCUCCACAGUAAUCUGGAUUCCUUCUCAUCACUGCUGUUCUUUAGAUCAAAAUCAACCCGUUCAGAGAGUUUCCGAUCUGGACCUUUGUCCGAGCAGAAAGAUGGAAUGCUGGUAUUGAGGAACAAGUCACCCAGGUGGCAUGAACAACUCCAGUGCUGGUGUUUGAACUUUAAUGGACGGGUGACAGUUGCUUGUAAAAAUUUUCAGCUGGUUGCAUCUUUAGAAAACGCAGUUACUGGGCAGGAGCAUGAGAAUGUCAUUCUUCAGUUCGGGAAAGUGGGGAAGGAUGUAUUCACUAUGGAUUAUCAAUAUCCAAUCUCAGCUUUUCAGGCAUUUGCUAUAUGCCUUAGUAGCUUUGACACUAAGAUUGCUUGUGAGUGAUAUGAAAACAGGUAUUUUUAGAUGCAAAAUAGUUGGUUUGCAGGGUAAUAGUCUUGCUAUGGACUUGGCAUGUUCUGCCACAAAGUUUGUUGGUACUUAAGUGAUUUCUGGUUUCAAUAUGAACAGUUAGGAUUUAAUUUUUAUUUUAGUUAUUUUCUGUACAUAUAACUGCUUGCAUUAAGAGCGAGACAUGAUUACCAUGUUAUGUUGGUUGUGUACGUUGUUAAAAUGAUUGUUGAGCAAAAAAAAAAACUAGGAAACUGUCUGAAUGGUUUUUCGAAUUUGUUAAUGAAGUUACCCCGUUGGAGA